UAUAGUUGUGUGUAACAACAUAUAAAGGUAUGAUUGUCAAAAUUCCUGAUGUAUUAGAAGUCAAAUAUAAAUGUAAGUUAUUGGGAAUUUUAAAAUGGCUCUUAAAAAAAUUCGAAGUGUAAAACCAUUAUUAUAUAACCAUCCAGCAGUCACUAAGGUUGAAAGUAAACUAGCUAUAAAUUCCAAAUUUAAUACACCCUCGUUAAAUAUAACAAGAAGUUAUACAAUGGAAUCGAAAAAGGAGAAAUCGAAAUAUGGAGACAAUAUGGCGUUGGUCUUGCAUGGAAGCAAUAAUUUAAAAAUAGAAAAAAGACCUAUACCCAAAAUCAAACCUUCUCAGGUUCUUCUUCAAAUGGAGGUAGUGAGUAUAUGCGGCUCAGAUGUGCAUUACUACACCCACGGAAGAAUAGGGAAUUGGGUGGUUAAAAAGCCGAUGGUUAUUGGCCACGAAGGUUCCGCAACUAUUCUGGAGUGCGGGUCAGAAGUUAAAACCCUGAAACCUGGAGACAGAGUAGCUGUAGAACCCCAAGUCAAUUGUCGAAAAUGCCAUUUCUGUAAAACAGGUCACUACAAUUUAUGCGAGAACAUAUUUUUCUGUGCUACCCCACCCGAUGACGGAAACUUAUGCACAUAUUUUGCCCACGAGGCCGAUUUUUGCUUCAAACUUCCGGACAAUAUUACUCUAGAACAAGGCAGUUUAAUGGAACCACUGUCGGUAGGAGUACACGCUUGCAGAAGAGGUGGCGUGACCAACGGAGAUACUGUUCUGAUAUUGGGAUCGGGACCGAUCGGUUUGGUGUCCCUCCUGGCCGCAAAAGCAAACGGAGCGAAGCAAGUGGUUGUCACGGACAUUGUAGAUUUCAACCUUCAGAAAGCCAAUGAGCUGGGAGCUGAUUGCGCCUUUAACACCGGCAGUCUUAGCGACGAAGAUAUCUUAAGCACUCUCAGAGAUAUCAUGCCCGAACCUCCACGAGUCACAAUCGACGCUUGCGGAUUUGAGAAAGCCGUGAAAAUUGGUAUGCAAAUGACAAAAAGUGGCGGCAAGUUGAUUCUUAUUGGAAUGGGGAAUGACACCAUGUGUCUGCCCAUGUCGGUGUGCACUGUCAGGCAGAUCGACAUGCUGGGCAUUGCUAGGUACGUGAACGACUAUCCUACCUCUAUUAAUAUGGUUAGUUCGGGGAAGAUCGAUACCAAACCGCUUAUCACUCACCAUUUUAAAUUCGAAGAUGCUAUAAAAGCCUUUGAGACUGCUAAGGAAAGGAAGGAAAAUAUUAUUAAAAUUAUGAUUCACGCAAAUCCGAAAUGGAAACCGGAAUGUUAAAAAUAAUUUUGAUCUCUGUUAAAGCGCCAGUCCUGUAACGUCCAUUCUAAAAUGUAAAAUUUGAAGUAAACUUGUUUUCUCACGUUUCUAA